GCCCGGACUUCCCUGCCGCGACAACGACGCCUCUGAAUCCUACUCCCAGUUGUCGCUUGACUCGCUACGCUCUUCCAGUCCCCGACGCAAAAGCCACCGCCUGCCAAACCCGGCUGCCUGCCGAGUUGGAUAGGACUCGCACGCGCCUCGCCUUCCUCUGCAAGUCCCCGGCCGCGGCGCCGACAAGAUCCACCGCCCGCAUGCGGUACAGCCUCAGCGAAAAUCCCCCAGCUCCACAUCGCGAGAGAGCCACGGGCCUCAAGCCGCCGAACCGCCGAGUCGGCCUCUGCUAGCGCACGCUCCUUCUCCCCGUGCGCGGCCGCCCGGCGCACGGCAAAACCCACCCACCGGCCGCGCAUACAGCCUCCCCACCCCGCCCCCCGCGGGCGCUGGCCGAGGAGGCCAGCAUGAAGCCGCGGGCGCUCAUGGAGCGCCUCGUCCGGCACUUCUCCUCCUCCUGCCGCGAGAGAUCCUCCUCGGACCAGUCGCGGCGGCGGGAGAAGGAGGAGGAAGCGGACCUGGAGGCGAUCGCGGCGCGGGAGCAUCGAUCGUUCAGCUACGAGACCCUGUCCGCGGCGACGCGCGCGUUCGCGGAGAAGAACCGGCUCGGCCAGGGCGGCUUCGGCCCCGUGUACCGGGGCCGGCUCGAGGACGGGCGGGAGGUGGCCGUGAAGCGGCUCGGCGCCGCGUCGCGGCAGGGCGCGCGGGAGUUCCGGAACGAGGCCACGCUGCUGUCCCGGGUGCAGCACCGGAACGUGGUCAACCUCAUCGGGUACUGCGCGCGCGGCGCCGACGACAAGCUCCUCGUCUACGAGUACGUCCCCAACGAGAGCCUCGACAAGAUCCUCUUCUCCUCCCCCGGCAAUCCCGGCAACAACAGCCACGGAGGCCGGUCGCGGCGCGCGGAGCUGACAUGGCCGCGGCGGCACGAGGUGGUGGUCGGAGUGGCGCGCGGCCUGCUGUACCUCCAUGAGGACGCGCACACGCCCAUAAUCCACCGCGACAUCAAGGCCAGCAACAUCCUCCUGGACGACCGGUGGGUCCCCAAGAUCGCCGACUUCGGCAUGGCUCGCCUCUUCCCGGAGGCCGGUGACGGCCGCUCCCGCGUCCACACCCGUGUCGCCGGCACCAACGGGUACAUGGCGCCCGAGUACCUCAUGCACGGCGACCUCUCCACCAAAGCCGACGUGUUCAGCUUUGGCGUCGUCGUCCUCGAGAUCAUCUCCAGCUGCAAGAACUCCUCCUUCGUCCCGCCCCACGACUCCGAGGCUGACACCCUGCUCGAAUACGCUUGGAGGCUCUACAAGAAGGGGCGGAGCCUGGAGCUCCUGGACCCUGCCGUCAAGUCGUCGGCGGUGCCAGAGCAGGUGGAGCUGUGCGUGCGCAUCGGGUUGCUGUGCGUGCAGGCUGACCCGCGGCUGCGGCCAGACAUGAAGCGUGUGGUGAUCAUCCUGUCCAAGAAGCAGAGCACGCUGGAGGAGCCGACGCGGCCGGGGGUGCCCGGGUCGCGGUACCGGCGGAGGUCCCACGGCCUGCGCGGCUCACACUACUCCGCUGGGUCUUCGUCUGGCACCAGCUCGCCCUCGACGUCCGCAACAUCGCACGCCUCGGCGUCCGCGUCGAACGCGAUGACGACGUCCAGCACGCAGUCGCACACCAUGAGGAGCCAGGGGCUCCCCUCGCACCGAGAAGAGCACGAGUAGCAGUAGCUCGAGCCCAACUGUACAUUUGUCAAUUCUUUUCCCCUUUCUUCUUCUGUUUGGUGUUUGUUCUAAGAUUGGAGAGUAGGCAUAGAUGGCAUGAUUGUUUUGCAUAGUGCAUAGGAUCCAAUUAUUGGAUUUCAUUAGGAUUCUACUCACGGUUAAACCAUCGAUCGAUCAAUCUGUGGUAGACUGACGGAAUUGUGUAUAAGAAAAUGAGAGCGAUAUACUCAGAGUUCAUUCCUUGACAAUUUCUCCGUGAAA